UGCAUUAUCACAAGUAGGCAUUUGCAAUUGAUUCGCCUCAUAUAUAUUUACUUUCCUGCAAAAUAUGAGAAGCACCACAAGAUUUUAACCAACAAAAAAAAUGAAAAGCAUGAUGAGACUCUUUCUUGUACUUGCUUUCAAUGCUCUCAUGCUACUCGAAGCAUAUGGUUUUACCGGUGAAAGUGAUAGGCAAGCGUUGUUGGAGUUCAAGUCUCAAGUUUCUGAAGGCAAAAGAAAUGCCUUGUCCUCGUGGAAUAACUCAUUCCCUCUCUGCAGCUGGAAGGGGGUUAGAUGUGGCCGCAAACACAAGAGAGUUACUCGUUUGGACCUCGGAGGAUUGCAAUUGGGAGGAGUGAUAUCACCAUCUAUUGGUAAUCUUUCGUUUCUCAUAUAUCUUGAGCUCUCUAAUAACUCUUUUGGUGGAAUCAUCCCUCAAGAGAUGGGAAACUUGUUUAGACUUAAAUACUUGGCUAUAGGCUUUAAUUAUCUGGGAGGAAGGAUUCCAGCCAGUUUGUCCAACUGCUCUAGAUUGUUGUACCUUGAUUUAUUUUCAAACAAUCUUGGAGAAGGUGUUCCUUCAGAACUAGGGUCAUUGACAAAGCUUCUCUAUUUAUAUCUUGGUCUAAACGACGUCAAAGGAAAGUUCCCCGUAUUUAUACGAAACUUGACAUCUCUAAUAGUGCUCAACUUGGGAUAUAAUAAUCUGGAAGGCGAAAUUCCAGAUGAUAUAGCUAGGCUGAGUCAAAUGGUGUCUCUUACAUUAACAAUGAACAAAUUCUCUGGCGUUUUUCCUCCCGCUUUCUACAACUUGUCCUCACUUGAGAAUUUAUACCUCCUUGGUAAUGGUUUCUCGGGUAACCUGAAACCUGAUUUUGGUAAUCUGCUACCAAACAUUCGUGAGUUAUCUCUGCAUGGAAAUUUUCUAACAGGAGCCAUCCCAACAACACUUACCAAUAUUUCAACUCUGGAAAUGUUUGGAAUUGGUAAAAACAGGAUGACAGGAAGUAUUUCUCCCAACUUUGGAAAAUUACAGAAUUUGCAUUACCUAGAACUUGCUAAUAAUUCUUUGGGAAGUUACUCUUUUGGAGAUCUUGAAUUUCUUGAUGCUUUGACUAAUUGCUCCCAUUUGCAUGGGUUAUCUGUGAGUUACAAUAGGCUUGGGGGUGCCUUGCCUACAUCCAUUGUCAAUAUGUCCGCAGAACUCACCGUUUUGAACCUUAAAGGAAACCUCAUUUAUGGAAGCAUUCCUCAAGAUAUUGAAAAUCUCAUAGGCCUACAAUCACUUUUGUUGGCAGACAAUCUAUUAACAGGACCACUCCCAACCUCUCUUGGAAAGCUCGUAGGACUCGGGGAAUUAAUUUUAUUUUCAAAUAGGAUUUCUGGAGAGAUACCGUCUUUUAUAGGCAACGUCACUCAGUUAGUAAAACUAAAUCUAUCUAACAAUAGUUUUGAAGGAAUGGUUCCUCCGAGUCUUGGUGAUUGUAGUCACAUGCUCGACUUACAGAUUGGGUAUAAUAAGUUAAAUGGGAAAAUACCUAAGGAAAUUAUGCAAAUCCCAACCCUUGUUCACCUCAACAUGGAAGGCAAUUCUUUGAGCGGCUCUCUACCAAACGAUGUUGGAAGAUUACAAAAUCUUGUUGAGCUAUCACUUGGGAAUAAUAACUUAUCAGGACAACUUCCACAAACUUUGGGAAAAUGUCUCUCGAUGGAAGUUAUGUAUCUACAAGGAAAUUAUUUUGAUGGAGCCAUUCCAGAUAUAAAAGGGUUGAUGGGUGUUAAAAGAGUUGAUUUAUCAAACAAUAAUCUCUCUGGAGGUAUACCUGAAUAUUUUGAAAACUUUUCAAAGUUGGAAUAUCUCAAUCUAUCCAUUAACAAUUUCGAGGGAAGGGUGCCAACAAAAGGAAAAUUUCAGAACUCUACUACAGUUUUUGUAUUUAGAAACAAGAAUCUUUGUGGAGGCAUCAAGGAACUGAAACUAAAGCCAUGCAUUGUGCAAACACCACCAAUGGGGACAAAGCAUCCAUCUCUUUUGAGGAAGGUUGUGAUCGGGGUUAGCGUAGGCAUAGCUUUACUUUUGCUAUUGUUCGUAGUUUCUCUACGUUGGUUCAAAAAAAGAAAGAAGAACCAGAAGACUAAUAAUUCAGCUCUUUCCACGUUGGAUAUUUUCCAUGAGAAGAUAAGUUAUGGAGAUCUACGAAAUGCGACAGAUGGCUUCUCUUCCAGCAAUAUGGUUGGAUUAGGCAGUUUUGGUACUGUGUUUAAGGCAUUGCUCCCGACGGAGAGCAAAACUGUUGCAGUUAAAGUUCUAAAUCUACAGAGACAUGGAGCAAUGAAGAGCUUUAUGGCAGAAUGUGAAUCCUUGAAGGAUAUAAGGCAUCGUAAUCUUGUGAAACUAUUGACAGCUUGCGCUAGUGUUGAUUUCCAAGGUAACGAAUUCAGAGCUCUCAUAUAUGAGUUCAUGCCGAAUGGAAAUUUGGAUAUGUGGCUGCACCCAGAGGAAGUGGAAGAGAUUCGUAGGCCCUCAAGAACCUUGACACUUCUUGAAAGGCUCAACAUUGCCAUAGACGUGGCUUCUGCUUUGGACUAUCUUCAUGUUUAUUGUCAUGAGCAAAUAGUUCAUUGCGAUAUUAAGCCAAGCAACGUCCUUCUCGACGAUGAUCUAACCGCCCAUGUUAGCGACUUUGGUCUGGCUCGUCUUCUCCUCAAAUUCGACCAGGAGUCCUUCUAUAACCAACUAAGCUCAGCUGGUGUUAGAGGAACCAUCGGCUAUGCUGCACCAGAAUAUGGAAUGGGAGGACAACCAUCAAUACACGGUGAUGUGUAUAGCUUCGGGGUUCUUCUUUUGGAAAUGUUAACUGGAAAACGACCAAACAAUGAAUUAUUUGGAGGAAAUUUCACCUUGCACAGCUACACCAAGUCGGCGUUGACAGAGGGAGUGUUGGACAUUGCAGACGUAUCGAUUCUUCACAGCGGUCUCAGAAUCGGUUUCCCUAUUUCUGAGUGCUUGACAUUGGUUUUGGAGGUGGGACUUAGGUGUUGUGAAGAAUCUCCGACGAACCGUCUGGCAACGACUGAAGUUGUAAAGGAGUUAAUCACAAUCCGAGAGAGGUUCUUCAAAGCCAGAAGAACAGCCAGACGUUGAAGACUUUGCAACCCACUUAAAAGGCUUAAUCUGAGGCCUAUAUAAUAUCGUCUAGUAUAAUCUGUGGUUUGUCUCUAUUAAACUACUCAGAAGGCUUGCAAUAAUGAAUGCUUGUGUUAUAUGCAGACAAAAUAUGAAUAUUGUUGUUACAAAAUAAUGAAUGGUUGUGUUACUGUUUUCUU